AUGCGCAUCAACGUCGAACCCAGAUUUCAGUUUCGAGUCAGAGAACAGCAGAACAGCUCGGCUCUUCACAGGCCACUGGAAUCUGGCCAUGAUCGGAGGCCCGGUCGGCCUUUGUUCUCAAGAAUGGUCAUGAUCCGAUGGCGCGACCACCAGCUGAUGCUCCGAUCACCCAGCUCGGCGCCAGCCGAACAGCCAGAACCGAAAGGAUGGGACCACUGCAAUUUCCCUCAUCCCCAUCCCUAUGAAGUGAUCGAUACAAGCUGCUUCUUUUCAUCCGAUGCUGGCUUAUGCACGUUUCUUUUGAAGACGAUUCGCGCGGCUACAAUCGUGCAUGGAAAAUUGCGGGAACACUUCGGGUCCAUAGAUCCGGAUUAG